AUGCAUUUUUAUAUAUGCCUAUUUGUUGCCUACAUUCUGGGUGGCAUCACACUUAUACCUCUUCUCUUGGUUGUCAUCUUUAAACUACAAACCCCCAUUGGUAGCACAACCACCAAGCUAGCACAACCACCGUCAGACACGCUUGAACAACAGUUUCAUAAAGACGACCAAAUAGAGCACAACCAGUUUUACAAAGUUGGAUGGCUGUACGUUACCAGAGGGGCUCAAACUACGAGCAAAAGCUCAUCUAUUGGAGGUAUCGUUAAAUCCUAUUUGUCUGGAAGCAGUAAUAAUGCGAGAGCUACUAGCAACACAAUAUCAGCCCAAGAUGCCAGUUCGAUAUCUGUAAUAGAGAACAGUAAUGGCAACAGUAAAAACAGCUUUCAUUACUUUGCCGUCCUAAAAUUUAACACGCUUUACUUGUAUGACUCUGAGCUUCAGCUAGAUUGUAAGAGUAUCAUCAAUGUAAGCAACCACCAUGUACAGAUAUACCCUCCUGGUCUAAAAGAUCACGAAUUGUACUCGAAAUCAAGCCGCAUUCAAUUAAAGAAGAAAAAGAGCAGCAUCUACCUAGAAAAUCAGCAAAAAGAGUACUAUCUGCACUGCACUCGAUGCGUUGAUAAAGAAGACUGGUAUACCGCUCUGCUGAGAGCAAGUAAACUCGAGCUUACCUCUUCCCAGCAUGGAGAACCGCCCAUCAAAGACUUGAAAAGAUCUCUUGAAAACUCCACGCACUUUGAUCAAGAUGCCAUGAAUCAUCUGAUAUCCACCAUCCACAGCGAUCCCAGCCAUUUCGAGUUGCAAUGGUUUAAUGCGCUAUUAGGUCGCAUAUUCCUGGGCAUUUACAAGACAGAUCGUACCAAGUCAUUCUUUUACAACAAGAUUCUCAAAAAGAUUGAUAAACUAAAUGCUCGUAGGCCGCCUUUCCUGGAAGAAAUCUCAUUGAGAUCAGUAGAUGGAGGCCACGCAGCACCGCAAAUUACACAACCACGAUUCAUUCACCUCAGUCCUCAAGGCGAAUACACUGGAGAUGUUCAAUUAUUCUACGAUGGACAUUUUCGAGUUGAAUUAGAGACCGUGCUUAAAUGGAAGUACUCUGAUAGACUACCGCCUAUUCGCAUUGACCUUGUAUUAGCCAUCACACUGAAAUCUAUUGAAGGUAAAAUGAUGGUCAAAAUCAAAGAGCCGCCUACAAACCGUGCCUGGAUGGGAUUUUACAAGAAGCCUAGAAUGGAUUGGAUUGUGGAGCCCGUCGUAUGGGAGAAGCGCAUUGGAUACUCGGUGGUAAGCAAAGCCAUUCAAACCAAGAUUGAGGAGAUCUUUACGGAAACGAUGGUUCUGCCAAACAUGGAUGAUAUCGUCUUUUUUCAGACUGAAGGCGGUUUGGGUGGCAUAUUUGGCCAUGAAGAAGAAGCUGUCAAUGAAAGAACCUUGAGCUCGGGUGUAACAAACUUGUCCUACCAUUCCUUGCCUGAAUUGUAUUCAACUCCAUCCGAUUUAGUUGUUACAGCAGAUCCAUUUCCACCCCUUAGUACCAGCGUGUCAUCUUCAGCGACUAUUCCAAUCAAAAAGAGAUGGUUCAAAAGAAAAGGCAACCUGCCUACCACUGCCACGAUGCAGGAGCAAGUAACUACAGCAGAAACUCGCGAUACUAAGACGACAGACGUGGAACGAGAUUCCUUAUCGCAACAGACGCUGAGAUCUGUCAUGAUAUCCACCCAACAUUCCAACAAUGCCAAGUUGACAAAACGCAAAAAGUCCAGCAUUAUUACUUGCAACAACCAGAGCAAGAAUUCUACAAGACAGCAGUUAUUAGCGGCCAAUGUUGACCAUUCAAUUGAUUCUCUCCAUAUUUCACAUUCACAGCAGCAGUUGCAGCCAAUUCACCAGCAAAGCAAAUCUCCCACGGUACAAUCCACUAAAGAUGCUGUACCCCAACACUUGAAUGUAACACACGACAACAAAAGCGCUCUCCAUUCAGUACGUUUAAGCAAAAAGAUGCUGUCGCUAUCAGAACAACGGCUACAACCAUCGUCUAGGCUACGGUCAAAAUCGCUACCAAGCACCGGCCUCUCGGAGAUCAAUGUGGUACAAAAUAGCGACAAUGUUACAAGAUAG